AUGGCUCAAAUAUGGAUAAAAUAUAUGAUAGUGAUUGGAAAUCUACUUCUUUAUGGAUUGGCUAAAGGUGUCAAUGGCUCAUGGGGAUGGCCAAGGCAAAGAUCAGGGGAGAUUCAGGGCAUUUUGAACAAUAGUCUUAACUCAUUAACCCAUUACAGCCACAAACAGUUUGGUUUCCUCAAAACACCCCCAAACAUGCCUUUAGACCCUGACAGCUCUGCUAUGGCAGAUUGGCUAAAUGAGAUAUACAAGAAUCAAACACCAAUUCAACUCAAUUUCAUAGCAAUUCAACCAAAACCCAUCAAAAUUCAACAACAAAAACCACAAAUUCAGCGAUUAGAACACAAAAUUGGGAAACCGAUAAGACAUCAAUAUGAGCUCGUUUUCAGUUCACAACGCACAAAACAAUCACCAUAUAAGCAGAGAAAGAUAAAGAGGCAAACACCAAUUCAACCAAAACCCAUCAAAAUUCAACAACAAAAACCACAAAUUCAGCGAUUAGAACACAAAAUUGGGAAACCGAUAAGACAUCAAUAUGAGCUCGUUUUCAGUUCACAACGCACAAAACAAUCACCAUAUAAGCAGAGAAAGAUAAAGAGGCAAACACCAAUUCAACCAAAACCCAUCAAAAUUCAACAACAAAAACCACAAAUUCAGCGAUUAGAACACAAAAUUGGGAAACCGAUAAGACAUCAAUAUGAGCUCGUUUUCAGUUCACAACGCACAAAACAAUCACCAUAUAAGCAGAGAAAGAUAAAGAGGCAAACACCAAUUCAACCAAAACCCAUCAAAAUUCAACAACAAAAACCACAAAUUCAGCGAUUAGAACACAAAAUUGGGAAACCGAUAAGACAUCAAUAUGAGCUCGUUUUCAGUUCACAACGCACAAAACAAUCACCAUAUAAGCAGAGAAAGAUAAAGAGGCAAACACCAAUUCAACCAAAACCCAUCAAAAUUCAACAACAAAAACCACAAAUUCAGCGAUUAGAACACAAAAUUGGGAAACCGAUAAGACAUCAAUAUGAGCUCGUUUUCAGUUCACAACGCACAAAACAAUCACCAUAUAAGCAGAGAAAGAUAAAGAGGCAAACACCAAUUCAACCAAAACCCAUCAAAAUUCAACAA